AUGGACUUUGAAACUGAGCCAAGCACAACAGUGAUAGAACUUGAACUGGCGCCCAGCAAUUUCCUCAAGAUCAACAUCUUCGACCUGCAGACCAAGGGUGAUGGCUAUUUUUCCCACCGACCGAAAGAGAAAAUGCGAACAGACAGCAAUAAUGAAAAUUCAGUCCCCAAGGACUUUGAAAAUAUUGAUAACAGUAACUUUGCUCCCAGGACUCAAAGGCAAAAACACCAGUCUGAGCUGGUGAAAAAACCCCUUAGCAAGCAAAAGGAGAACUUGAGAAAGAAGCUGGAAGAGGAGAAGAUGAAGGAGAACUUGCUGCUGGGGAAGAACUCCAAUGAGGUGGUGCAAUUCAGUGAUCACCCCGGAAAAAACAGCAGCAGCAGCAGCAACAACAAUUUGAAGGAGAUUCACAGGUCUCCCAGACAGCAUAAUUUAAAAAAAAGCGGAAACAGCUCCCCUGAACUGAGAUACGACCAACCACCAAAGUGUGAGGUAACAGGCAAAGAGGCAAUCUCAGCCAUGUCCCGGUCUAAAUCUAAGCAGUGUCGGCAGGAGAUCGCAGAGGUGUAUUGUCAGCACAAGCAUGGAAAGCUGAUGCCAGAGAAGGUGACACGCUUCUGUACACUGGAGGGAAAAGCCAACAACAAUGUACAGUGGGAUGAGGACUCCGUAGAAUACAUGCCAGCCAACCCAGUCAGGAUCGCAUUUGUCUUGGUUGUUCAUGGCAGAGCUUCUCGGCAGCUCCAACGCAUGUUUAAGGCUAUUUACCAUAAAGACCAUUUUUAUUACAUUCAUGUUGACAAGAGAUCCAAUUACUUGCACCGGCAAGUGCUCCAGUUUGCCAACCAGUACCCAAAUGUGAGAGUCACUUCUUGGAGAAUGGCAACUAUCUGGGGAGGAGCAAGUCUUCUGUCCACCUACCUGCAGACCAUGAGGGACUUAAUGGAGAUGAAUGACUGGCCAUGGGAUUUCUUCAUUAACCUCAGUGCUGCCGACUACCCGAUCAGGACAAAUGACCAGCUAGUAGCAUUCCUGUCCAGAUAUCGUGAUAUGAACUUCUUGAAAUCACACGGGAGGGACAACGCAAGAUUUAUCAGAAAACAAGGACUGGAUCGACUUUUCCUAGAAUGUGAUACCCACAUGUGGCGCCUGGGGGACCGGAGGAUCCCAGAAGGAAUCGCAGUCGAUGGAGGGUCGGACUGGUUUCUCCUGAACAGGAAGUUUGUGGAGUAUGUCACUUUUUCUAAUGAUGACCUGGUAACAAAGAUGAAGAGAUUUUACUCUUACACGUUACUUCCUGCUGAGUCCUUCUUUCACACUGUUCUGGAAAAUAGCCCGUACUGUGACUCCAUGGUGGACAACAACUUGCGCAUCACAAACUGGAACCGUAAACUCGGUUGCAAGUGUCAGUACAAGCACAUUGUUGACUGGUGUGGCUGUUCACCUAAUGACUUCAAACCAGCAGACUUCCACCGAUUCCAGCAGACUGCCAGGCCAACUUUCUUUGCCCGCAAAUUUGAAGCUGUAGUGAAUCAAGAGAUAAUUGGCCAGUUGGACUACUACUUGUACGGCAACUACCCGUCUGGCACACCCGGCCUCCGGUCGUACUGGGAGAAUGUGUACGAUGAGCCUGACGGCGUGCACACCCUCAGCGACGUCGCCCUCACCAUGUACCAUGCAUUCUCCCGCUUGGGCCUGCGGAGAGCUGAGACUUCUUUCCAUGCUGCUGGAGACAACAGCUGCCGAUACUACCCCAUGGGCCAUCCAGUUUCCGUCCACCUUUACUUCCUUGCUGACCGUUUCCAAGGCUUCCUAAUCAGACACCACGCAACCAAUCUGGCUGUCAGUAAACUGGAAACUCUGGAAACGUGGGUGAUGCCCAAGAAAGUCUUUAAGAUCGCAAGUCCACCAAGUGAUUUUGGAAGGUUGCAGUUCUCAGAGAUUGGCACCGAAUGGGACGCCAAGGAAAGGCUUUUCCGGAAUUUUGGAGGACUCCUCGGGCCAACAGAUGAGCCAGUUGGCAUGCAGAAAUGGGGAAAAGGCCCCAACGUCACCGUUACUGUCAUUUGGGUGGAUCCUGUUAAUGUAAUUGCAGCAACGUAUGACAUUCUUAUUGAAUCCAGUGCCGAAUUUACUCACUACAAACCACCUUUGAAUUUGCCCCUGAGACCUGGUGUCUGGACAAUAAAAAUUCUGCACCACUGGGUACAAGUAGCUGAAACCAAAUUCCUUGUUACUCCUCUCACCUUCUCUAAUCGGCAGCCUAUCAAACAAGAGGAAGCCGUGAAGUAUCACAGCGGGCCUCCAAAGAACGCGUACAUGGAGCAGAGCUUCCAGGGCUUGAACCCCGUCCUGAACAUCCCCAUCAGUGCCGCCCGUGUGGAGCAGGCCAAGAGGAACGCGGGGCUCGUGGGCGCCCGGCUGGAAGCCUGGGUGGACUCUCUGGUUGGCAGCGUCUGGUCGGCCAUGGACAUCUGCAGUGCCGGCCCCACCGCCUGCCCAGUCAUGCAGGGCUGCGCUCAGACAGCGUGGAGCUCCCUGAGCCCGGACCCCAAAUCUGAGCUGGGCCCCGUCAAACCCGACGGUCGCUUGAGGUAG